AUGAAGCAAAUUGAAGCUGAAGCUGAAGCAGAAGAGGACUCGGACUCAGACGAUCCUGAUACCCAUCCAGACUUUAUCAACGAUGCUGAUUCCGACGAAGAGGAAGACAGUGAUGACAAAUCUGAUAACUCGGAUGACGAGAAUGACAGUUAUGACGAAUCUGAUAAUUCGGAUGAGUCUGACGAUUUCAUCGCAGAAGAAACUUUGAUUGUCAUUCCUUCCAUCACUAUGUCCAGCGAUAGUACUUCUUCUCGAAAUGAACUCCAGUCGAAGCAUGAAGUAGAAGCGUCCAUCUCAGAUAACCAGAAGGAUCAUUCUUCUCAUAAUUCGAGGCCCAAGCGGACCGUUAGAGCUCCUGCGCGGUACAGGUCGGCUCAUGCUGAGGCUGGAUCAUCUGUAAGAUGGCUUCGUCGUCGGCUCGAGAUAAUCAAGAUUCAUAAGGUGGCGGAGGCUGCAGAUGCGAUUUCUCUGACCACUGCUUUACUGGAGGAGGAGGAGAUGCUCGCUUUGGAGUCGGCCAGGGUUGAGAAGGCUGUACAGGAGUUGAAGACGAAAACCAAGAGUUUUCAGAAGAAACUUGACAGGGUUGCUUACAGAGAUUACCCAUUGCUGGACGGUUUGCUCUGA